AUGGUCACUACGCGUUCUAUGAUCGGUUUGUUGGCACUGGCGCAGUCUGUGGGUGUUCUCGCGGCGGUCGACACCUCCUAUAACUCGUCGCUGAACUUUCGUCCAAACAACGUCACUGGGUUGUGGUACCCCCUAUAUGACUGGGUUGGGUCAUACUACAACGCCACUCUAGAAUUCGAACUCACCCCGACGACAGUCGGCAGCUCCACGAACGACUCCGUCUGCACGAACCUCCAAGGCAAGACCGUGACCGCCGAACGAUCAUCCUACCUGGCCAUCACCGAGACGGGCAUCUGGGACAGGGACCCCCAAAACCCAGUCAACCUAUUCCUGACCGUCUGGCCAACGGACUAUGAUUUCUGGGCCGAGCCCCUGGACGCAAACAUCGCCUCAGUCUCGGAUUAUUCCAUCCUUUCUUCGAACCCCAUAUACUCAUGGGACACCGCAUCCAACACCAACAACUUCGACCUCAACCUCACCACCACCGCCACCAACAACAACACCUACCAGCUCUCGGCGGAAUACACCUAUCCGCGCAUGAGCAGUGUCCUCCUCAACUUCACCUCCUGCAACCCCACCACAACCACAGAUAGCUCGAGCGAGACAUGGCGCAUGUUCCUGAUCAACCAAGACGACGAGGGUCCGGACGGGUUCACCUGGUCGUAUCCCACCCUUGAGAUGCAAUUCGAUGACCGCACAGCCAAUCUCACCAUCGAGGGGGAAUUCAUGGCGUAUCCGUACCAUCCCCAGGGAUUGGGAAACGGCACAUCGGUGUCUAUCGCGGGAACAGUCAAGAUGGUGUUUCGCGGUGUGAUGGAUGAUGAUCGGUCGGAUAUUCUGGUCCAGGGAGAUGGUCAGCCGACGUGGGAGAGGACGGUGGGGUUUGCAAAUGCGUCGAUCAUCUUGGAUGUUGAGAGCGGCCUCAUCCUAACCACGCUAUUUGUGGGUUUCUUCUCCGGAAUAUUCAUUGCCACUCCCCCACCUCUGCCAUUCGUCAUCCUCAGCAAGGGCAAGUCCAAAGUGGGCAGUAGCAUGGGCAUGGCCUUUGUCCUCCACAGAAUCGGUAUUCUCGCGGAAGGAACCUGGAGUGGAGGCGUGCUUCCGCGUGAGGCUGGUCGUCUGGACUGGGCGGGUCUGUGGGUUUAUGCGGGCGUCUUUGCCUGUGCUUCCAGCUUUGUCUUUUGUCUUUUGAUGUUCUGGCCACUGAGGAUGCAGGUGGGUGUGAAGGCCUAG